GGAUGAGAACGGCUGAAUCACACACAGCCACCGCGGCUACGCAUCACAUUUCCACACAAGAAAGAGACCCACUGAGAAAAUAACAAAACCAUUCAGAAGUUAAUUUGCAUGAGACUCACAUAGUCACAUUCUCAGCAGUAGCACUCAGUCUCACUGUUUUAGUGUUUCACAUAAAACUUUAGAGAGAGAGAGAGAAAGCAAAUGGGUAAAGGUCAUGAGGAAGAAGAAGAGAAUAUGGCUGCUUGGCUUGUUGGUAUAAAUACCCUCAAGAUUCAACCUUUCAAGCUCCCAGCCCUGGGUCCUCAUGAUGCCAGAAUUCGAAUCAAAGCUGUCGGUAUAUGUGGCAGUGAUGUUCACUACUUCAAGAAAAUGAGAAACGCACAUAAUAUAAUGAAAGAACCUAUGGUAAUGGGCCAUGAAUGUGCGGGGAUCAUAGAAGAAGUUGGUAGUGAGGUUAAGAAUGUGGUACCUGGUGAUCGUGUGGCUAUUGAACCUGGGAUUAGUUGCUGGCACUGUGAUCUCUGCAAGCUAGGUCGAUAUAAUUUAUGCCCUAAUAUGAAGUUCUUUGCUAGUCCACCGGUUCAUGGUUCUCUUGCUAAGCAGAUAGUUCAUCCUGCAAAUCUCUGUUUCAAAUUGCCAGACAAUGUGAGCUUGGAAGAGGGAGCAAUGUGUGAACCCUUGGGUGUCGGUGUUCAUGCAUGUCGUCGAGCUAACAUUGGACCAGAAACAAAUGUGUUGAUCAUUGGGGCAGGACCUAUUGGACUUGUCACAAUGCUCUCAUGUCGUGCUUUUGGGGCACCCCGGAUCGUCAUUGUGGAUGUGGAUGAACAUCGUUUAUCUGUUGCAAAAUCUCUUGGUGUAGAUGAGACUGUUAAAGUUUCAGCAAACAUUGAGCAGGAUGUGAGUGAAGAAGUUGAAGAGAUACAAAAAGCAAUGGGAAAUAGGGUGGAUCUUAGUUUCGACUGUGUUGGUUUCAACAAAACUAUGACUACUGCAUUGAGUGCCACUCGUGCAGGUGGCAAACUGUGCCUAGUUGGAAUGGCUCAGACUCAAAUGACUAUUCCAUUCACAACAGCUGCUGUGAGGGAAGUUGAUGUGAUAGGGAUUUUCCGAUACAAGAACACGUGGCCUCUGUGCCUGGAGUUUCUGAGGAGUAGGAAGAUAGAUGUGAGGCCUCUUAUAACUCACAGGUUUGGGUUCUCUCAGAAGGAGGUGGAAGAAGCCUUUGAAACCAGUGCACGUGGUGGCAAUGCUAUUAAGGUCAUGUUCAAUCUGUAGAUACCAGAUUGUAUAUAUAUGGGGAUUUGGAUUUGAUAAGGGACUUAAGUCUAAUUAUUCAAUGAGUGAUUCAAUCACAA